AGGUGCCAUCAUCGGCGUUACCAACCCGACUGCUCAACCUCGUGUCCGCACGCUCUAGCUGAAGAAGAAGAAAAUUCCGAAAGCGGACGCCAUGCACGAAGUUGGGCCGACCAGCCGCCUUACGCGAACUCCGACGGGUGCAAGGAGCAGAGCUUCUCUGCACUCGAUCGGGACGGGCCCCGGGCCAAGCGUCCCUGCGAUGUCCAGCCGCGCGGCCCUCUCGUCGUCGUUCCAGGACCGGGGGCACCAAGACGUGGCCGAGGCGCCCCACGAUCUCGACACUGGGUGCCGCUCGCGGGCCUCGUCGGCGGCCAGCAUAUCGGCAGCGCCAGCGGCCUCAGUGGGCCCCCUUCCGACGGCCGAAGCCGAGAGAAGUGGAGGCGGCCCCAUCGGCGAUGUGUCCGGCUGGGCGUCCGCAAUCUCCAAGGAGGCCAUCUGGGUGCUGGGCAUCGUGGUGGCGCUGUGCCUGCUGCUCGUGGCGCUCGUCUACCUCAACCUGAGCCACAGGGCGGGCAUGUGAACAUUGCGUAGCCCAGUCGCUCCUGCCUACAAGGCCCUUGUGGCCCUCCGCAUACUUUAUUCCAUUACAUACCGCACGCUGAUAUUCACCUACUGAUUCACGUUUUGUUUUGUUUCUUUACGUUUUGAAAAGCAUCAGUGAAUAAAGAACCGUUUAUAUUCCCCUGAA